AUGAUGAUGACGAAGAAGUCACCACCAAUCCCGGCGCGCCACGUACUCAGGUUCAGCUGGAAGCUGGUGGUCAUCCUCUCGAUCACUCUCUGCGUCUUGGCCUUCUUCAAGCUUCACUCGCAACCUGACCUCUACUCCUCUCCUUCUUCAUUAUCUAUCGCAAGAUCUCGACUUUCUCGCCAUGGCAACAACUUUAGCGGCCCUCCCAAGAUCGCCUUCCUUUUUCUCGCCCGCCGUAGCCUCCCCCUCGAUUUUCUCUGGGGCAGCUUCUUCGAGAAUGCUGACAUGCCGAAUUUUUCGAUUUAUAUUCACUCGGCGCCUGGUUUUUCUUUCGACGAGUCGACGACGAGAUCACAUUUCUUUUACGGCCGCCAAUUGACGAAUAGCAUUCAGGUGGGUUGGGGAGAAUCAAGUAUGAUCGAAGCAGAGAGGUUGUUGUUCGCAACAGCUCUUGAGGAUCCAGCGAAUCAACGAUUUGUACUCCUCUCUGACAGUUGUGUUCCUUUGUACAACUUCAGCUAUAUAUACAACUAUUUGAUGGCUUCUCCAAGGAGCUUUGUGGACAGCUUUCUUGAUGUAAAGGAGGGCCGCUACAACCCGAAAAUGUCACCUAACAUACCAAAACAAAAAUGGCGAAAAGGAUCCCAGUGGAUUGCUUUGGUUCGAAGCCAUGCUGAAGUCCUUGUGGAUGAUGAAGUUGUACUACCAGCGUUCAGGAAAUUUUGCAAGCGUCGCCCACCUCUGGAUGCCAGAAAGGGGAAGCUGAACAUUAAACUUCAGAAGCAACACAACUGUAUCCCAGAUGAACACUAUGUGCAGACACUGCUUACGAUGAGUGAGCGUGAAGAUGAACUUGAGCGAAGGACAUUAACCUAUACACUGUGGAACAACUCUGCAACUAAAACAGAGAGUAAAGGCUGGCAUCCUAUGACUUUCACCCACUCGAAUGCAGCCCCUCAGAAAAUAAAGGAAAUAAAGGAGAUCAACCAUGUAUACUAUGAGACAGAAUACCGGACAGAGUGGUGUCGUGUAAAUUCGACAUAUGUUCCCUGUUUUUUAUUCGCAAGGAAAUUCUCCCAAGGGGCUGCCAUGCGCCUUCUUAGCGGGGGAGUAGUUGGUCAAUUUGAUACCUCUUCAUUAUUAGAUCCACCACCAUGA